CGACGGUUUAAUUGUAGACUUUUCUCAAUUUUUCGUUCGGUGUGUUGUGAAAAUGCAAGAUGUUAAGAGUGCACAAAUGGAAAUAUAAAUAUUAAAUAAGUGAAAGGUGUUUUAAAUCGAAGAGUAUCAACGAAAAAAAAAAUUAAACCUCUCGACAAUUGGUAUCUAAUGAAAAUGCUUUGAUGAGUGUUCCCAAAUGCUUGGAUUAUAAGCAGCAGUAAUUAAAUUGUAAACGAAAUGUGUGUUUAAGUGUGUGUGUGUGACUUCUUAUAAAAAGUCGACGUUUUUAUAACAAAUGAGAAAUGAAAAUAAAAUAUGUAUAAAGCUUAUGUGUUAAUGCUUUUACAUACAUAAUUCAAGUUCUGGUGCAUGCAUUCCAUAAUUAAAUGCCUUAAAUGAAGAAAUGGGCUUGAGAAUUCCAAAUUAAAUAAAAAGUGUACUACUGGCCGUUCCAGUAUUGGUUUCUGUUUGUAUCUGUGUGAAUAUGAUGCAGCUGUGUGAAUAAUUCAGUGUUUAUUGUUGUAGCCGUUCUUGUGAAUUUGGUGAGUCGCGCGCGCACACACACAGCCAACACAAAGCCGACGCGCCGCACUUAUGCGCUUGCUUGCUUACCUGAGCGCAGUCGCUGCCAAGUGUGUGUGUGACUGUGAGUAAUAUUCGUUAACGUGCGGAGAAAUGCCGUUCCAGCGCAAGCAGGCAGGUGUGCCAUACGCGAUGUUGUUGUUGUGAGUACCGACAAAAACCAGUUGUUAGUUGCACCGUCGGCAACUCUCAACAUUGCGCCGUGUGUUUGUGCAACGAGUUUUCGAUCACCGAUCUCUAAAAAUUGCGAAAACGCUCACUCGCGCUCUCUAAGCGACUAACAGCGUUGCCAGUUUUCAUAUAAAUUAAAGCAACAAAGAGGUGUAUGUGAAAAAAUACAAAAAAUAAAGUAAACAAAUAUUGGCUGCCGUUUGUGAAAACAAGUAAUUUUAAAUAAUCAAAUACACAAGUUAAAGCCUCUCUAGCCUAACACAUUGGGCUUGUGAUCUGAAUCCACAAUGUAAAAGAAUUGCAAUAAUCCCUUUCCCAAGUUCACUACACCUUCACCUCUGCCAUACUGCUAAGUGCAGAAACAACAACAACAAUACAAAUAGCAAUCAACAUUUGCAGUUCGAUAAAUUCAAACAAACGCGAAACCAAGAAGUAGACAGCCAUGGAGGAAUGCGAGCGACGUUUAGAAAAAUCCAAUCCAGUGCUUUUCCACAACAACAAAAACUACACGACUUAUAGUCGCUGUAAAGUGCCAUCAAAAUUGAAUUUAUGUAUUAUAAGCGGUGUCUGGCUGUUGCUCAGCCUCACUGGCAGCUGCUAUUGUUCAGACGGCCCACAACUGCAAGCGCCACGCUUUACCACACAACCAUCGUCAUCAGGUUCGAUAGUGAGUGAAGGUCGCACGAAAAUUCUACAGUGUCAUGCCUUAGGCUAUCCACAACCCACAUAUCGUUGGUUAAAAGAUGGCAUACCAAUCACCGAUUUCUCUUCCAGUCAGUAUUAUCGUUUGCAAAAAACUCGACGCGAGGAUGCUGGCAGCUAUCAGUGCAUAGCGAAAAACGAUGCCGGCUCGAUAUUUAGUGAAAAAAUCGACAUCGAAGUCGCAUAUAUGGGCAUUUUCGAGAACACCACACUGGGACAUCUUACAGUGACGUCAGGGCGUCCAGCCAUUUUCGAUUUACCACCCAUCGAAUCGCAACCUCCACCACUAGUGAUGUGGCAAACAGUUGACGGCCCAUUGAACUAUGACAUCAAAUAUGCCGAGACCAAAUCCAAUCAACUAAUUAUACUCAGCGCCGAUGAGAAUGAUCGAAAGGCGUAUCGCGCGCGUGCAAUAAACACGCAGCUGGACAAGGAGGAGAACAGCGCAUUUAUACAACUGAAUGUUAGCGGAGAUCCGUAUAUUGAAGUAGCACCUGAAAUCGUUGUCCAUCCGCAAGAUAUGAAAGUUAAACGCGGCGAACAGGUGGCAGUCUUGGAAUGCAUUGCCAAUGCGCGACCAUUGCAUGAAUUGGAGACGCUGUGGCUGAAGGACGGCAUACCUAUUGAGAAUGCGGGAGUUCCGCAUACUUUAAAUGAUCCGUGGAAUCGUUCGCUGUCACUGCUUUCAGCUAAUUUAACACAUUCCGGUGAGUACACUUGUCAAGUGCGACUACGUAGCGGUGGCUAUGAUACUGUCACUGUCAACGCGAAAGUAGAGGUGCUGGAGCCACCUACCUUCUUUACCCAAAUGCGCACUGAGACGUUUGGUGAAUUCGGUGCAUUGGUUACGCUGCCCUGUGACGUCGUUGGCGAUCCGAUGCCUGUGGUGAAAUGGUACAAAAAUGCGGAACCUGUCGACACGAAUGAUGGAAAAUACUCCCUUCUGGAAGAUAAUUCAUUGAACAUCAAAAAGCUUACUCUGAAGGAUUCGGCAAUGUUUCAAUGUCUAGCCAGCAAUGAGGCGGGCGAGAAAAGCGCCUACACUUGGCUGCGUGUUAAAUCUUCAAUGCAAAAUCAUGGUAAAGGAUUGUCUGCCACAGAAGGCCUAACUACAUCCACUUUUACUACUAAUCUGAAGCAUUAUGCAUUGCGCUUGCCUGCAGCUAACAAUAGUCGACUGAAUGCAAAUCCAUUGCAUUUUGUUGAAAAGCAUAAAUCGUCAUCAUCGUCACGUGGGUAUAUAGGUACGCUGCUGCAGCGCUUCAAGCGUUUGGCACAACCUCGUAUCCUAAGUGUACGAGCAUCGUCAUCGCAUUCUGGCAUGGGUACUGGCUAUCGGCGCAAGGAUCUUCGCUUUGCCUCGGCGCCGGUGAUGGAGAAAGCACCGCAAAAUGUAACCGCAUUGGAUGGCAAGGACGCAACCAUUUGGUGCCGAGCAGUUGGUGCACCAAAUCCCAACAUCACAUGGAUUUACAACGAAACACAACUUGUUGAAAUAUCCAGUCGCAUACAAAUACUCGAAUCAGGUGAUUUAUUAAUGUCAAAUGUGCGCGAAACGGACGCUGGCCUCUAUACGUGUGUGCGCUCGAAUGAGGCGGGCAGCGUCAAUGGUGAGGCCUAUCUCAGCGUUUUAGUUCGUACGCAAAUCAUUCAGCCUCCGGUUGACACCACCGUACUGCUGGGUCUCAAUGCGACACUGCAAUGUAAAGUCUCUAGUGAUCCAACAGUGCCAUAUAAUGUCGACUGGUAUCGUGAAGGUCAUCCGACUGCUAUCAGUAACUCACAACGAAUCGGCGUUCAAUCGGACGGCACACUCGAAAUACAAGCGGUGCGAGCCUCCGAUGUGGGCACAUAUCAAUGUGUGGUGACCUCGCCAGGCGGCAAUGAGACUCGUUCGGCGCGUUUAAGUGUCAUCGAAUUACCGUUUCCACCGAGUAAUGUGAAAGUGGCGCGCCUCGAUGCGCCCAACCAACGGACUAUCAACAUUUCAUGGACGCCAGGCUUUGAUGGUAACAGUCCAAUACUAAAGUUCAUAGUACAGCGACGGGAAGUUUCCGAACUAGAAAAAUUCGUAGGUCCAGUUCCAGAACCUUUACUCAACUGGGUGACGGAACUGAGCAACGUCUCGGCGGAUCAACGUUGGACGCUAUUGAAGAACCUCAAAGCCGCUACGGUAUAUCAAUUUCGUGUGAGUGCCGUAAAUCGUGUUGGUGAGGGCUCUCCAUCAGAGCCCAGUAAUAUAGUGGAAUUGCCACAGGAAGAAUUACCGCUUCACCGAGCACCUUCUGGCCCGCCUGUUGGCUUUGUCGGUUCAGCGCGUUCAAUGUCAGAAAUAAUUACCCAAUGGCAGCCACCACUAGAAGAGCAUCGUAAUGGACAGAUACUUGGUUACAUAUUACGUUAUCGACUCUACGGUUACAACAAUGUACCCUGGACCUAUCAGAAUAUAACCAAUGAAGCACAACGCACUUUCCUGAUACAGGAACUUAUUACUUGGAAAGAUUACAUCGUGCAAAUUGCCGCGUACAAUAAUAUGGGUGUUGGUGCGUAUACAGAAGGUGCCAAGAUCAAGACGAAGGAAGGCGUACCGGAAGCGCCGCCUACAUUUGUCAAAGUCAGUGCGAUUAAUUCGACUUCAGUGCGCGUAAACUGGACACCACCAAAUCCACAGCAAAUUAAUGGCAUUAACCAAGGCUACAAAUUACAAGCUUGGCGUACGGAAAUUAUCGAUAGCGAACCGCGCGAUAUUGAGGAGCGUAUGAUUACAGUGCCACCAAGUUUACUUGAUCCAUUAGCUGAACAGACAGCAAUAAUGACUGGUUUGGAGAAGUUCACUGAGUACAAUAUUACCGUGUUGUGUUUCACUGAUCCCGGUGAUGGUGUUAGCAGCUAUAAAAUACCCGUGAAGACAUUGGAAGAUGUACCCGACGAGAUAAUGGCAUUGCACUUUGACGAUGUAUCGGAUCGUUCAGUGAAGGUACUCUGGUCACCACCAAGAAACACAAACGGCAUUCUUACAGGCUACAGUGUACGAUAUCAAGUGAAGGAUCGCCCUGAUACACUUAAGGCUGUUAAUCUAACAGCCGAAGAUACGGAACUUACAGUCACACAGUUGCAAGCCACAACACAUUAUUGGUUUGAAAUACGUGCUUGGACAAAAGUUGGGGCUGGGCCAGCCAAAACUGCAACUAUACAAUCGGGCGUGGAACCGGUUUUGCCACAUCCACCAACUAAUUUGGCACUUUCGAAUAUUGAAGCAUUCUCCGUUGUACUUCAAUUUACACCAGGCUUUGAUGGUAAUUCGUCUAUCACCAAAUGGAAAGUGGAGGCGCAAACUGCACGCAAUAUGACUUGGUUUAUAGUUUGUGAAAUCUCUGAUCCCGAUGCAGAAACUCUCACUGUUACGGGGCUCAUGCCUUUCACGCAGUAUCGUUUAAGGCUUAGUGCUACAAAUGUGGUGGGCACAUCGCAACCAUCGGAAUCUACUAAGGAUUUCCAAACAAUACAAGCGCGACCGAUGCAUCCACCUUUCAAUGUAACUGUACGUGCCAUGAGUGCAACACAAUUGCGUGUGCGUUGGAUUCCUUUGCAGCAAACCGAGUGGUUCGGAAAUCCUCGCGGCUAUAAUAUAACUUACAGGCAGCUGGAGAGCGAUACGCGAGUGCCGACAAAGAGCGUAAUGAUCGAGGAUCACACUGCGAAUUCACAUGUGUUGGAAGGGCUGGAAGAGUGGACAGUUUACGAUGUGGUGAUGAGCGCUUGUAAUGACGUUGGAUGUUCAAAGCACAGUACUGUAGCUACAGAGCGUACACGUGAAGCUGUACCAUCAUAUGGGCCACUUGACGUGCAGGCUAACGCCACUUCUUCCACAACUAUUGUCGUACGCUGGGGUGAAGUGCCGAAACAACAUCGAAAUGGACAAAUUGAUGGCUUUAAAGUCUUCUACGCUGCUACCAACCGUGGUGGUCAAGUAUUGCAUAAAACUAUAUCCAACAAUGCAUCCUUCACCACUACGCUUACUGAACUUAAAAAAUUUGUCGUCUAUCACAUACAAGUUCUCGCUUUUACCCGUCUCGGAGAUGGUGCCUUAAGUACACCACCAGUACGCGUGCAAACUUUUGAAGAUACUCCCGGGGCGCCAUCAAACGUUAGUUUUCCAGACGUGUCCUUUUCAACUGCACGCAUUAUAUGGGAUGUGCCUGAUGAUCCAAAUGGAGAGAUACUUGCAUAUCAAGUUACAUAUUCUCUUAAUGGGAGCGCCAACUUAAAUUAUAGUCGUGAAUUUCCACCAUCAGAUCGUACAUAUAGAGCAACACAGCUACUCGCCGAGCGAUAUUACAUAUUUAGCGUGACAGCACAAACUCGUCUGGGUUGGGGAAAAACCGCUUCAGCACUUGUCUAUACAACGAAUAAUCGCGAACGACCUCAACCGCCUUCGAUGCCACAGAUUUCACGUAGUCAAGUACAGGCUCACCAAAUAACAUUCAGUUGGACCCCUGGCCGGGAUGGCUUUGCGCCGCUACGUUACUACACCGUACAAAUGCGUGAAAAUGAUGGUCCUUGGUCGCUCCUACCAGAACGUGUCGAUCCGGCACUCACCUCUUACACGGCUACAAACUUAAAACCAUAUACCACGUACCAAUUCCGCAUACAAGCCACCAAUGAUUUGGGGCCAUCCGCUUUCAGCCGGGAGAGCAUCGUUGUGCGCACAUUGCCAGCUGCGCCAUCAUCAGGCAUAGGUGGUCUUAAAGUAGUGCCUAUUACAACCACAUCAGUGCGCGUGCAGUGGAAUGCUUUGGAGACCGCAAUGUGGAAUGGCGAUGCAGCCACCGGUGGAUACCGCAUUUUGUACCAACAAUUGGCUGAUUUUCCAACAGCGCUACAAGCUACACCUAAGACGGAUGUUAUGGGCAUCAAUGUGAAUAACGUGGUACUCUCAGAUCUGCAACAGGAUCGUAAUUAUGAAAUUGUUGUGCUGCCCUUCAACUCUCAAGGUCCCGGCCCGGCAUCACCCCCAGUUGCUGUAUACGUUGGUGAAGCUGUGCCGACCGGUGAGCCACGUGCCGUGGAUGCUGCACCCAUUUCUAGUACAGAAGUGCGUUUACGCUGGAAACCGCCAAAGCAAAGCAUGCAAAAUGGUGAUCUUUUAGGUUACAAAAUAUUCUAUCUAGUUAUUGACUCACCGCAAAAACUAGAAGAGGGACGUAAAUGGGAAGAAGAGAUUGAAGUGGUAUCAGCAACAGCGACUUCGCAUAGUUUAGUGUUCUUAGACAAAUUCACAGAAUAUCGUAUACAACUACUGGCCUUCAAUCCGGCUGGUGACGGACCGCGGUCGGCGCCAAUUUCUGUAAAAACCUUACAAGGGCUCCCGAGUGCACCCCUCAACUUACGUUUCGAAGAGAUUACAAUGCAAAGCUUAAAAGUAUCUUGGGAUCCACCACGGUUUCCUAAUGGUGAAAUACUAGGCUAUCUAGUUACCUAUGAGACCACUGAGGAGAACGAAAAAUUCAGCAAACAAGUAAAGCAAAAAGUGUCCGGCACAUCCUUAAAGGUACAAAAUCUUGAAGAGGAGGUCACUUACACCUUUACAGUGCGUGCACAGACAAUCGAAUAUGGUCCGGCUAUUAGCGAAAAUGUCACCACAGGUCCACAGGAGGGUUCACCGGUAGCGCCACGGGAUUUGAUACUUACGAAAACAUUGAGUAGCGUAGAAAUGCAUUGGAUUAAUGGACCAUCAGGGCGUGGCCCAAUACUAGGUUAUUACAUAGAAGCGAAAAAACGAGUAGAAAGAGGAGAACCAUCUUUUAUUUACGACUCCCGUUGGGAGACAAUCGAACAGACAAACAGCGGCACCAUACAAGAUUUCACAGUCAGCUAUCAAAUUUUAUUACCAUCCACUGCUUACACAUUCCGCGUGAUUGCUUACAAUCGCUAUGGUAUUUCAUUCCCCGCCUAUUCUAAGGAUUCGAUUUUGACGCCAUCGAAGUUGCAUUUGGAAUAUGGUUAUCUACAGCACAAACCAUUUUACCGACAAACUUGGUUUAUGGUUUCGCUAGCAGCCACUUCAAUUGUUAUCAUUAUUAUGGUCAUUGCUGUGCUAUGUGUGAAAAGCAAAAGUUACAAAUAUAAACAAGAAGCACAGAAAACCCUUGAAGAGUCCAUGGCAAUGUCUAUUGAUGAACGACAGGAAUUAGCACUUGAAUUAUAUCGCUCACGGCAUGGUGUCGGUACUGGCACGCUUAAUAGUGUUGGCACUUUGAAUCGUGGUGCAUUAGGAACACUGGGAAAAAAAUCUUCUAAUCGACCGCCGACAAGUUUGCAAUUAGGCAAAAGUCCGCCGCGUCCAUCUCCAGCAUCUGUGGCAUAUCAUAGCGAUGAAGAGAGUUUGAAGUGUUACGAUGAGAACCCGGAUGAUAGCAGUGUUACAGAGAAGCCAUCAGAGGUGAGCUCCUCUGAAGCAUCACAGCACUCCGAGAGUGAGAACGAGAGCGUACGCUCCGAUCCGCACUCGUUCGUCAAUCACUAUGCCAACGUGAACGAUUCGCUACGACAAUCGUGGAAGAAACAGAAACCAGUGCGCAACUAUUCCAGCUAUACCGACUCAGAACCGGAAGGCAGUGCAGUUAUGAGUCUGAAUGGUGGUCAAAUUAUUGUGAAUAAUAUGGCCAGAUCGAGGGCACCGCUGCCUGGUUUCUCCUCCUUUGUUUGACAAUCAACGGAGUUUUAACUUAAGCAUUAAAUAUUUAGUAAUAUAGUAAAAACUAGUAGAAGUAACUAACAGCAGAAACAUGUAACAAUUCACAGGAAAAGAAAUUUAUGCGCAAUUGAACUGACUAGUAUGUUAACAGUGUUCGGAAAAGUGUUAUUUUCAUGUGACUACAAUUUUAGUUUUAAUUUAAUGAAUUAAUUACUUGUUUGUUAAUUAAUGUUUUGCAGAUUUAGAUUAUUGACUGUAUAUGUUAAGCUAUUUUUUUGUAAAACUAUGUUAUAUAAGGUUCUUAAAAUCGAUGUGCUUGUGCGUACAAAUAAAAUAAUAGAACUAUAAAUACGUCAGUUCCGCCGAUAUAAAUAUGUUACAGCAUACAUUACUCACUUAAAAAAACCGUUACUCCUAUGCAUAGUAAUGUGACACCAUAUAUACAUACAUAUGAGAUGUAUUUGAGCGGUGUGUAGGUGCAUGCAAAUCCAUAAUUCAAUAAUUCAGAAAAAUAGCAACGGUAAAUUGUGAUAAGGUUAAUUUUGCAUUUUAAUCUAAUAAUAAUGUUAAAAAGUAAAUUAAAAAGUGAAGGUUAGACAAGGUUUCUUAUGCUACUAUAUUUUAAAUUAAGUGUUUCGGUAAUUGAGUGGCAUGAAUACUUUUCAGUUGUAGGCAACAAAAAGGACAUUUUCACAUUACGUACAUACAUAUAUAUAAUAGUAUUGAAUUGAAGCAGUCCUUUAUUUUCGUCCAUUACCAAACUAUAUACAUAUGUACAUACAACAUUGCGUUUACUUUACUAAUGCACUAAAUUAAACGCCUGUCUAAAACGUUUAUAAAUAUGUUUGGUAAGACUUUGACAUAAGUAAGGGUCAACUUGUUUAAAAUAAGUCUGUAUUAAUUCCUUUUUCGUUAGUACUGAAUAUGGUUUUUCAAACAAUUUUAUAUCAUUAUUAAACUUAUAUGCCACUUAUGUAUUAGAGAACAAUGUGUGGACUGGCAAAUACAUUUCUUUCUGGCAUUGCUGAAAUACUUAAGACUCAUAUAAGAAAUAAUAGGACACGGCUCGAUAAACAUUUGGCUUUUCUUUUUUGCUUCUUCUUGUUUAAUAGUUAUUGACGGUGGAACAGAGUUUUUUAAAUAAAUGAUACCAUUUCCUUCGGUACGAAAAAUUUUAAGCAAAUUUAAAUUUUACACAGCAUUAAUAUAAAACCGAAAAUGUUGACAUUUCAAUGCAAAAAUAUAAACAAACGACAACAUUUAUGCCAAAAAUUAAAUAAUUCGUUAUAAAAAUAAUAUAUGAUUAGUAUAUGCUGAUUUUAUUAUAAAUCAAUGAUAAAUAUAUCUAAAUACCCUGUAAACUGUAGAUAUUCAUGCCUCUCAAUUCCGGUGUUAAAAUUAUAAUUUAGACUUAGUUACAAAUAUUUUAAAUUUCAGCCUUUAUAUAUAUAUAUAUAUAUAUAUUUACAUUUUAUUUAUAUUUGUAUAUAUGUAUACAAUAUGCUACUCAGUUUAAUUUUUUAUUAGCAUUUAGCUUAACAUUAUUUUAGUGGACUCUCAUUAGUUGUACAACUACAUAAUUGAAACUAAGAACUGUAAAUAUUUUAAAAAUAUAUUUUUACGAGCAUUUUUAAUUUAAACUAGCUAGGUAUUUCAAUUUCACACAAACUCGUAUCGCUUUCAUGUGGUUAACGCGUCGUUAUUCCCAGCAAGUGCUUUGCUUUUAAAUAUUUUAUGCUUAAUUUUAUUAAAUUGUUUUGCAACAAAUAAUUGUAUGUAUUUCACACGAAAUGUUAGUAUGACAAAUUUCGUAAUUGUUAAUUUUCUGCAAAACCCUUUAACCUCUUUGUCCACACCACAAUACACCUACACGUAAACUCACAAUGGCAGAAUUUCACCAAUUAUAGUAUGUCUCUUGUGUAACAAAAGAUUAAUGAUUUGUAAAACAAUAACUACAGCUAAUGUUAAUUGAAAUUAAGUGGGUACUAUUGUAUUGCAAAAAA